GGCUGCAGGUCGCUUGGAGAGUGACGCACACGGCGCACACAGCGGCUGAGGACGCAGCGCUAGAACCCGUCUAUAAUCUGUCCCCACUGCUAACAGAGCGAGUCUGAUUCUCUCCUCACCUCUGACGGCCACUGUCAUCAACUUGGGGAAUACAAACACAUUUGAAGAAGUUUGAAAAGGACAGACGGCCCUCUCAGCCCCCUCCCCACACCCCAGUGAUGCUUAGCUGCUGUAUCCCAGAGGCCCACCUUGGCAGUUAGAGGAGAGGUCAUCACCAUGACAGCGUCCUCGCAGGACUCCGCCCCCUCGUCUAUGGCCGGCCUCUUCCUGCUCCUCCUCCUCCCGACUGCCGUCACGCAGAACUCUGCUGCCCUGACGACCCCGACAGCGUCGCCGUUUGACCCGCUAACCCAGCCAGAGUGCAUGAAGAAAGAACAUCCGAAGGUUUCCAUCCAAGCACUCAGUCCGUGGAUCUCCACAUUUUCCCACCCCGGCGUGAGAGACUACUCCCAGCUCACCCUUGACCUGACUAGAAAUGAGCUUAUUGUGGGUGCCAGAAACUACCUGUUCAGACUGGAUCUCAGCAACAUGUCGCUGAUACAGGCGACAGAAUGGGCACCGGACGAGGAAACCAGGAGGUCCUGUCAGAGCAAAGGCAAAACAGAGAUUGAAUGUCAGAACUACAUCAGAGUCCUGUUGGUGAACAAGACCGAGGUCAUGACCUGUGGAACCAACGCUUUCCAGCCGCUGUGUAUCACCAGAGAGGUGGGCAACAUGAGCAGCGUGUUGGAGCGGGUGAACGGCGUGGCUCGCUGCCCGUACGACCCCCGUCACAACUCCACGGCGGUGGUGACAGAGAGCGGAGAGCUGUACGCCGCCACCGUCAUCGACUUCUCGGGCCGUGACCCCGUCAUAUACCGCAGCCUGGGCGGGAUGCCCCCUCUGCGGACCGCGCAGUACAACUCGAAAUGGCUCAACGAGCCCCACUUCAUCUCAGCCUACGACAUCGGCCUCUUCACCUUCUUCUUCCUGAGGGAGAACGCGGUGGAGCACGACUGCGGCAAGACGGUCUACUCCCGCGUGGCUCGAGUCUGCAAGAACGACAUCGGCGGGCGAUUCCUCCUGGAGGACACCUGGACCACGUUCAUGAAGGCCAGGCUCAACUGCUCCCGCUCCGGAGAGAUCCCCUUCUACUACAACGAGCUGCAGAGCACCUUCUACCUGCCCGAGCAAGACCUCAUCUACGGCAUCUUCACGACCAAUGUCAACAGUAUUGCAGCAUCUGCGGUGUGUGCCUUCAACCUGAGCGCCAUCACCCAGGCUUUCAACGGGCCCUUCCGCUCGCAGGAGAACCCUCGCUCCACCUGGCUUCCCACGCCCAACCCCAUCCACAACUUCCAGUGUGGUACUAUAGACGACGAAGGCCCCAAUGAGGGUUUGACGGAGCGCAGCCUGCAGGACGCCCAGCGGCUCUACCUGAUGAACGACGUGGUCCAGCCAGAGUCUGUGGAUCCGCUGGUCAUGCAGGACGAUGUUCGCUUCUCCAACCUGGUCGUAGAUAUUGUUCAGGGCAUGGACACCCUCUACCAUGUUAUGUACAUCAGCACAGAAUAUGGCACCAUCUUAAAGGCACUGGCUACACCUAACAAGAACCUACAAGGCUGUUACCUGGAGGAGAUGGAGCUUCUCCCACCGGGGGUGCGGGAACCAGUCCUGAGCUUGCAGAUUCUGCACAGUGACAGGUCGCUCUUUGUUGGGCUGAACAACCGAGUCCUGAAGAUCCCACUGGAGAGGUGCUCCACCUACAAAACUGAGACACUGUGCUUGGAGGCGAGGGACCCCUACUGUGGCUGGGACUUCAGGCAGCGCAGAUGCACCACACUGGAGGACAGUUCCAACAUGAGUCAGUGGAAGCAGAACAUCACUGUUUGUCCGCUGCGGAACCAAACCACCAACGGUGGCUUCGGACCCUGGGCGCCAUGGCAACCCUGCAACAAUGAUGAUGUGGAUGGUGUCAGCUCCUGCUUGUGUCGCUCCAGGUCUUGUGACAGCCCUGCCCCUCGAUGUGGAGGCAAGAACUGCGAUGGCCCCACCAUCGAAGUCUCCAACUGCUCGAGAAAUGGAGGCUGGACGCCGUGGUCGUCAUGGGGACAGUGCAGCACAACCUGUGGUACAGGCUUUGAGCUGCGCCAGCGUUCCUGUAACAACCCCUCACCCCGACAUGGUGGCCGCGUGUGUGUGGGACCGAGCAGGGAUGAGAGGUUCUGCAAUGAAGGGGUGUCCUGUCCUCAGCCAAUCUUCUGGUCCCCAUGGGGCUCCUGGACCAAGUGCAGCACUGAGUGCGGGGGAGGCGUCCACUCCAGGGUCCGCACCUGUGAAAAUGGCAACAGCUGCCCGGGAUGUGCACUGGAGUACAAGGCCUGUAACCUGGAGGCGUGUCCAGAGGUAAAGAGGAACACACCUUGGACCCCCUGGAUGCCCGUCAACGUGACUCAGGGCGGAGCUCGUCAGGAGCAGAGGAUGCGGUACAUGUGCCGGGCCCACCUGUCCGACCCCCACGAGCUGCAGAUCGGACGCAGGAAGGUGGAGACGCGCUUCUGUCCCAACGAUGGUACAGCGGCCUGCGAGACAGACACCCUGGUCGAGGAGCUCCUGAAGACACCGGUGGUGAGAGUGGCCGGCACCGGCUGGUCGUCGUGGGAGACCUGGUCGACCUGCUCGCAGAGUUGUGCCAAAGGUUACCGCACCCGUCGGCGAACCUGCGGCGGACCGGAGGGGAAGAGCGCCCCCGUCGCAUGCCGUGGCUCGCCUGUGGAGUACCAGGACUGUAACGUGCAGGCAUGUCCUGUAAAGGGUGCAUGGUCCUGCUGGUCGUCCUGGUCUCAGUGCUCAGUGGGUUGUGGCGGCGGUCACUAUCAACGCACACGCUCCUGUAACAGCCCUGCACCCGCCAACGGAGGGGACAUCUGCAUAGGCCUCCACACUGAAGAGGCCCUGUGCAAUACACACACUUGUGAUGAUGGUUGUGCGGCGAGAAGGGAGCAGAUGGUGGAGACUGAGCAGCCUGUCGGUGAGCAGCAGACUGAUAGGAAAGGUGGCUGGAUGGCCUGGUCGCUGUGGUCAGCCUGUGAUGAUUCAGGCUUGCAGAUGAGGAGUCGGGUGUGUGGAGCUCAGGGCAGCACCCCCUGUGUGGGGAACGGCACUCAGCGCAGGGACUGCAAUGAAAUACCCGUCAUUCUCCCUGCAUCUGGUUUUGAUAAGGACCAGCACUGUGGAGCAUUCACCUCCAUCCACCUCAUCGCCACCGGAGUUUCCUGCUUCCUCGGGGCGGGGCUGCUGUCCUUCCUGAUCUACGUCUACUGUCAACGUGUCCAUAAGCCUUCGCAGGAGUCCGCCAUCAUUCACCCCACCACCCCGAACCACCUCAACUACAAGGGCAACACCACGCCAAAGAAUGAGAAGUAUACGCCCAUGGAGUUCAAGACGCUGAACAAGAACAACCUGCUGCCAGAUGAAAGAUCCAACUUCUACCCGACGCCGCUCCAGCAGACCAACGUCUACACGACCACCUACUACCCCACAGCGCUCGGCAAAUACGACUACCAGCCCAAUUCCUCCCCUUCGCCAUGCAGGACCUACAACCACAGCAACAACAGCUGAGACACGGCCCGCGACUGGCUCUCCAAACCCCCCUGCCACUGCCCCAAACGGACACCACCACAACACCACGGCGACGUAGCUGAACCGACAUGAACUGAAACAUUUCUCAGAGCUCGGCCCGGCUCCUCUCCUCGCUCCCGUAGUCUCCUCCGAAUGGUAGGGUUUGUGUCUUCAAGGGCGUUCCUGGAACUUUCCAUCAGGAGCUGCAGGUUUGGACGACAAGGCCCGUGUCCUGGUGCAUUCAGGGGCAACCAGCUGGGGGUGUGUUAUUGGAAGGGGCCUGACUGGACACAGCAGUGUCACGUCAAAGCCUCGUGUGGGGACCUGGUGGAGAACUCUAGCAGGAUGAGCUACAGCUUCAGACAGAUUGUUAUGACCAGAACACCUCAGCGCAGGUGCUGAGUCGAGCAUCCACAGUUCCGGAGUGAUGAACAUGAACAGAACGUUAUAAAAAUAUAUACUACAUUCCUCUGGAUCUGGGUCACCAUUUCACGCCUCUCCAUUACUAACCACGUUCUCAGCCUGCCGUGAACUUUGAGUCCCUCUGUGACAAAAGCAAUGAGAACAAAUGGUGCGUAUUGUUCAAAUGUCCAGACUGGCGCAGAGUGAGAGAACAACAACAAAAGAGUAAACUCAUUGAAGUCGAGGAUGAAGUAAAUUAGAGCUCAGCUCGGUUGUUAGGAGCGGAUGCACAUCCUCCAUUGUUAGUAUUUCAUGCGAAAGAACAGAUAAGAACUUCAGAGUCGAUUGCGUGUUUGGAAGUCACAACAUUAGCAUCAGCCUGAGGUGGAGAAAUACUCUCUGAAUCUGCUUAUGAUUCACACACAUUUUGUGGAUAAGGGCAUUCGCUCCUAAGGCCGGAGCGAGGGGGAUUGUGGGAAGCGGUCUGAACUGUACAUAAAGCUUUGGGAAUGCCUCGGGUGCCUGUAUGCAAUAGAGGGCAAGGGCGAGAUUUGUUUUCUUUCCAUUUCUUCUGUUUGACUUCUUUUUCCACGAACAAUAAAGACUUCUGAAAGGGAA